AUGAGAAAGCGGCGGGAUGUCUCGGCCAAUUAUGAAAGCAGCGAAGGAUCUUCUCUGGAGGCAAAAGAAGGCGAGUUUUUUAUACUUUUUUUAUUUUGUUUUCUUAUUGAGCUUCGAAUAUAAUGAAAGUCAAAGUUCAAAGUCUAAGUGUCUUCAAACUAUGAGCUUCUUUUUGCAAUUUAACGCGAUGGAUAACAAAUUCAGCGGUUCAAAUUAAAGCCUUUUACGCAAAAAAUCUUUCCUUGUCUUUGCAUGGCCAUGUCUUCAAAAAGGAAUGAUUUUAUUUGUGCCUUCGAUUUUAUGAAGCCAUCGAGCUAUACUAAUCAAUAAAGACAAGAACUAAACGUAUUUUACCAUCAAGCUAGACUUUUGUAAAAGUUUAGAACUAUGUAUUAAUUUGUGGUAUAAACUACAGUGGAACUCUGUACAACUAAUUGCAAACGACCAAAAAAGUUUAUUCGUUACAGAAAGCUGUCAUUUUAAGGUUCAUGUCCUGGAAAGACAGCAUUUUGGGACCUUUGAAAACGCCGUUGAUCUAAUAAUAUCGGUUGUUCCUAUAAAACGCGAGUUAGAAGCAUUUGUCUUAAAAAUACUCUAAAUUUGUCCCAAGUUUCAUCAAAAUCUGAGCGUCGGACUUGCGUUUCUUCCCCUGUAAACUAUAAGCCCAAUAUCUUUCGUGUGGCAAAGCAAGAAGCAAAUGAAACGCUAUGCCACUGAGUCUCAAUUCGUUAUACAGAGUCGCCACUAUAAGCCAAUAUAAUCUCGAAACUAUAAACUCGAUGUUUCCCCUCUAUUUUGGGUAUUUCCCUGAAUUGCGGCGACGCGGAUUCUGUUUGUUUUGGGAAAAGCGAGCGCAGAAAACGCUUCUGGAGCCCAGAAGCGACGGAGAUGAGGGGGAAAAGAAGAACAUCUUUGUCUUUGUAGGCUACGAGGCCAGCAGGAAAUGGGUGAAUCAGAAGAGAGAACUGCUCCGUUUCCGCGAGCAAAAAUACGGUCGCUAUUUUUAGGAGCAACGUAUAUUUUGGGGCUUCAGUUAAGAUUACUGUAGUUUUAAGGUUGUUAUAGUAAUGCUGCUUUUUCAAACAGAUGAUAAUCGAUUUUAAUGCCUAGUCUAAAAAAAAAUACAAGUAUUCGUAGGGUUUGUGGUUAUACUUUUGUUUUGCCCCGAUUGACUUGAUUUUUGGCAUGGUGGUUCUUUUAGAUCCUCUAUUUGAGUAUUUGAAAAAAAAUUUCGAAAUUUUCAAUUUUGAGUGACCUAUGACGUCAUGAAAAGUCGAAACUUUGAGCUGUCAUAUCUCGCUUCGUUUUAUAGGUAUGGGCUUGAUUUUUGGUUUCGUCGCGUAUGGUACAUAAUGGGACAAUCACUGUCGAAAUUUUUUCGAAAUUUCAAAAUUUACGAAAAAAAUCUCAAAAAAAGACCUUUUUUCGUAUCUUUUAAUUAGACCGGGGAAUAUUGAAAUGCAAGCUUCUACAGGUCCAUAUCGGGAAAGCAAAUUGAUAACUAAGAGAUAACUCCAUGUAUGUGUAGAUACGGCCAUGUACAAACUUACACUUACACAAAACCCCGUCAUGAUGACGGAAUUUCUGGAUUUUUUCGAUUCCAUUGAAUUCUACGUACCCGACUUCCUAUUAGUGCGUGUCUUUCUUUUUUGUAGUGCACUUCGUAUUUUAGCUAUGGCUUACUGUAAAAAAUACGAUUUGCACAGUGCGAAUUUCAAAAAAUUCGUUCUCGGCUCCCAGGUCGAAAUUCGAAAAAACGGCUCGCUGAUCGAUUUCUUUUUGCUCGAAGAUUGUCACAAAAUUUUUUCAGAACAUUCUACGUAGCCAUGUCCUCAAUAGAAUCUCCCGACGGAAAACGAAAUUUUUCGAAAUUUUCAACAUUUUGACUUUUUCAAAUUUCUCGCUCUGAUGUACAACAACGAUGUCAAAAAUGUCCAACUAUAGAUUGUAGAGCUCGAAGAGCUCUACAAAUUACCCGCUUACAUCGUCUUCGUAUCUUUGAAAUUACGGCCGCCAGAGCGGCCGGAAAUUUCGGUCGAUUUUUGGUGCACCGUGCGAAAAAAAUCGCCCUCAGGGCAGUUAGCGGGGUUGAACAAAUUGAUCAUAUGGGUGCUAUAGGACACAAAAUGGACUACCAUCGUGCCAAGUUUCAGCUUUCUACUUGCAAUAUUCUGUGCGCACCGUGCGGUCGAAAAAAAAAUUCGAAAUUUCGGCCAAAAUUCGGCCCUGAGGGCUUGGAAUCGAACUUUUUCGGAUUUUAAUUUUGUCCAUCGUAUUCAGCACAUUGAACUGCUACAGAAACAGAUGUCGAUUCCUAAAACACGCACAGGUUGAAAAAGCAGUAUUCGAAUUUCCGAAUUUUUCGAUUUUACUUACUUUCACGAAAGUUACUAUAGCUCGGGAACAAGUUCGAAAUUCAAAAAUCCCGCCCGUUACAUGAUAGACAAUUUAGUAAGGAUUCUACAACCAGAAGCUGGGAUACGAUUCCGAGAGAUAUGAUCAGAAAUCGUGUUUGAAGCGGCGGUCCCAAAAAAUCCCGAAUCGGAAAAGUCGUCAAAUCCCAAAAAUUUCCAACUAAAAUUAGUCUAAAAGUUACAUAUUCGGAACCUCUAUGUCAUUUCGGACAUAGUCGUAUCUUUUUCCCCGGUACUUUUAGUGGAACAAGUGCCAGUUUUGAAAAAACGCCCACUUCCACGGACGAAAACACAAAAAAAGAGCGCGGGGAAGAGAGAGAGCGGGCAGAGAACCGCUUCCUUCUUCGUUUGGCGGGAGAAAAGAGAGAGUGGGAAAGGGGUGGAGGGUGGUUAGACAAAGGUUUUCUCUUUCGAUUCCGGUCAGAGAUAAGACGGAGAGAGAGCUGAGAAUGAGGAGGGUGGUGAGGAACCGGUCAUCAUGACGGGGUUUUCUGGAUUUUUUCGAGAAAUUUUUGUAAAAUUUUUUUUUGGUCCUGGAUUCUCGGGAUUUGGCCGUUUUAGGGCCAAAUUUGACGGCGAUUUCGGGAAAAAUAUUGGCUUUGGAUAAUUUUGAGUGCUGAGUCUAUUUUUUCGAGUUUUUUAGUUGAUUUUUCCUUAUUGUAUGAGCUUCUGAUCAAGUUUGGGUGGAAGGGAGAUUAUUUUAGGUAACAAAAUGUAGUCUCGCGGCGGCCGUAGGCCGUCGCCUCAUGCCGGCGGGCUCUUUAACCCGGCUUAGCAAUCUGGGACUGGCCUGAGCUUAGCGAUUAGGGAAAGCUUAGCGAUCCUAACUUUUGGGUCUAAAAAACGCUACAACUUUCUACUAGGCUCAGUCUAACGCGUAGCGUUUCUCUGCCGCGGCCGGAGGCCGUCGGCAAAGCUUUAGCGAGCGUUUAUGUUGUUUUCGACGUUGAACAGGUCCAAAUCGCGCGAAAAGCAGCGAUACCGGGCGCAAAGUUGCCUUUGUCCGCAGGACUGCCCGAGAGACGUGAGCAGCCGCAGGCUGCGAAGUCUCGAGCCCUAGUCUGAUGAUAUUUUAUUUUUUUCGUAAAAUAUGUCAUCAUGACCGAUUUUUUGGAAUUCUUUAAUUUCGGGGUCUUGUAUGGGAUACUGUAGUUUUUGAGAUGGUUACGGUAAAUCUAAAGCUGCCAGAAUGCAAUACAAGAUUUAUCGGUAAUAUUUAUCCGCUAAUUUUGCUAGUUAACAAUCAACUUUAUCGUUUCUAAAAAACCUGUCAUCGUGACGGACUUUUGGAAUUUUUUGAUUUUUUUCGAAUUUCAGCUAGAUUGUUGAUUAAAAUUAAAAAAUGUAUACUUCGAAGUUUACAGAAUAGCCAAAAAUUGUCACAAAGUUUCUUUUCAGGGGCUUCAAGGGUUAAAAUUUACAUAAAGAAAAGGCCCUCUUUGCCAAAUAUUACUGUAAUGGUCAUCUUUUUGUAGCACAGAUCAACUUUCUCUUCCCACUACAAUACAAAUGGCCGUCCCCUUUGUCCCGCAGACUCGUUCUCUUGUCCCUUUGACCAUUGUCCUCAUUGUCAGCAACUCCUUUUUAGGUGUUAAAACAUUUUCUAUUUUUCCUUUUCUUACGGUAAUUAUUACCGGAGCUAACUAGUAAUGAACUAGUAUUCAUAGAAGCGUACUCUAACUAUAACUUCGCUUCAAACUCAGCAGAGCGAAAUUUGAUCGGGUUUCGGGAGUUUAAAUCUCGCUUAAUUCGGAUCGCACGCCCCUGAAGAAACGGAAGAUUUGCUUUGGUUUCUACUCUGAAAAGUUUUUUUUUGUUUUUUACUUGUUGAAUAUACUUAUGGGAGCGAUUUUGGAGGGAAAAUGGAUAUUAGGAUUUUUUGAAUGUGGGAUUUUUUUAAAUAAAAAUUUGAAAAAAUAUGGGGUCGUAAAAUACGCUAAGUUUUCCUUGGUGAUGACUGAAAUGAGCCUUAAAAAAUCUCAGAGUAUUUUUGACCAUCUUCGGAUUUUCCCGGACCCAAAUUUUUACUUACGACUAAAUUAUGCGCUUUAAAAGUCCAAAAAAUCCGUUUCGAGGUAAAAAAAGGUUUAAAAAAUCAUCUAAAAACGAAUUUUAUCCACUACGUAUUUCAACACACUUUUUAUUCCCCAAUCUUCGACAUGUUUUCCUCUUAUUUCUCAUUUAUCUCGUCCAAUUAGCCUCGGGCGAUUUCUUUGAUUUUCGCUCCAGACCUUCACGCCUGUUCCAAAUGUUUUUUCUCGAAUCUAAAUUUAUCCCUCACGUUUAUCCGUCUUUUAUUUAGCAACAUUUUCAGGGAGAAUGAAGGAAAAUGAGCGGCCCUCGUACGGGAGGGAGAUUAAUUUGAAUACCCAUCCCGAAUUGAGCUCCAAGAGCUCCAGUAGACGGUAUUGUUGCAUUGCGGUGGGGAUCUUUGUGGCUGUUGGUGAGUUUUUUUUAAUUUUUUUGGGGAAAUUUGGAAAAAAAUUGUUAUCGUCACUGAUUUUUUGGAAAGUUUCGAAGAAAAAAUCGGUCAUCGAAACAUCCGAACUUGCUAAAUAAUAGUAAACCUCAAAUUCUGACAUCAUAAAAAACAUUUUUAAAAAAUUUGGUGGUAUGACGUCAUCUUUGAAAAUUUCCAAAAAAUCCGUCAUCAUGACAUGUUUACUUACGAAGAGGUUUGGAUUUUCGUUUUUAAUGAAAAAUAAAGUUCAAAAAUCACCGCUGAGAAAAAAAGUUUUUUGGAGAUGACGUUAUUUUUUAUGGAAAUCUCCAAAAAAAUCCGUCAUCUCGAUUCGAAAAUACCAGAACUUAAAAUUUCGACACCUGAAAAAAUUUAUGCAGCGCUCAUAGAACUUCAGAACAACUCUUAAAAUUUUUGGGACUUUUAAUUUUUCAAAAAAAACAUGUCAUCAUGACGGAUUUUUUUUGGAAUUUCUAAGCAUAUAAAAAUUUUUUUUUUGAUAAUUCGAGAGAAGAACGUAUUUUACAACUCUCAUUUUCCAGUAAUAAUCCUCCUGGGCAUCUGUGGAAUGACCUAUUACCGACAGCAGAUCCGAAAACAAGAGCUGAAGGACCUCCAUUCUUAUAUGAAAAACCUGGUGGAUACUGUAAAUAACUCUCCGAAAAGUCGAUGGAAGGUACUGUAAAUACAUUUAUCUUACUCUAUACACUACAUAAUUUUGAUUUCAAUUGUUUUCAGGCCAAAUUCAACCCAUUUGGAAUGAAAAAUAAGGAUUACAACUACAAAACUCUGAAGAAUAUCACCGCCGUAAAGGAAUAUGUGAAACAUUUGGAGGAUUUCUUUGUCUCCGACAAAAUGAAGGCUCAUUUAGCGUAGGUUUUGCGACUUUAUAUGUAAAUUUUUGAUUUUCGGAAAUAUGGCCCAUCAAGGGUAAUAUAUUAAAGUUGCUAAAAUUCGGCGAAAAUAAAAAAAUUAGAUUUGCCUGAGACUUUUUGGAAAUUUUUAGUCCGCGUUAUGCAGAAAUAAUCGCGUUAUAACACUUUUAAAUUCAAGAAAUCUAAAUUUUUUGUCUCAAACUUGGUCUCAUGGAUAACAUCGAGCUUAUUUUCAUGUCCUUAAAAAUUGUUCAUUUUGUGUUUCAGCGAGAUCGAGGCGUUCCCAGCCUCUCAAUUGCCCAGUCGAUUCGACGCGAGAGAGAAAUGGCCUCUCUGCCCGACUUUACACCACGUCAUGAAUCAAGGAGGAUGUGGAUCUUGUUUUGUAAGUACUAAUUCAGUAUCCUACAACUUCGUUUAGGCAGUAUCAUCAAUUACGGUGGCGUCGGAUAGGGCUUGCAUUCACAGUAAUGCCACUUUCAAGAGCAGUCUUUCGGUUGAAGAUGUGCUGGGAUGCUGUAAAGUAAGCUAUUUUCUACUGCGUAUUUCGAUUUUUAUGUGUACAGGGUGUCCAGAGAAAUGUGCCGGAAAGUUUUUGUCGAUUUCUUGGCGCUCAAUCAAGAUAUCCGAAAAAUUCUUUUUGCAGGAUAAAGAAGAAUAUGGGCGGUUUUUUGUGCAAAAGAAUCAUUUUCUCCGCCAGCGCGGAAGGCAGUGUAUUCGGCGGAGACUUUUGAUCGCUUUUUUGAUCAUCGCACCAACUUUAAACGCUUUAUUAUGAAGUUUGAUGGUUGAAGCAAAGAUAUUUGCAUAUUUUCAUGUUUACCAAGUGUUCGGCGAAGGUAUGGCGGACGCUCGCCGAAUCGGCGGAGGCCAUAACUCAGCUGCGGACAAGACAUGGUCCAACACAAUUUUUAUGGCCUGGCUAGAACACCCUGCUGGCUUCGUAUGCCUUCGAAAAUUUUGUCACCAAGCUUUGGCAGAAGCUAAGCCAUCGGAAAACCACUUGGUGCACCAGAAAACAACAAAAUAUUUUUUGUUCAAGUUUCCUUUUGCCUUGCUGUUUCAAACCUCCGCACGGUGCACUCGAACUUUAUCGGUGUUGCAGCGACAGGCUGCACCGUGCAGUCGCUAUAUGGGAUCGCAUUGCGAUGUCGCUGUCUGUGUGAUUUAUUGCGUCAAAAAUUUGAAGACUUUCCGGAAGUUUCAGCAUCAUAAUAAAGCGUUUAAAAUUGGUGUGAUGGCCGAAAAAGCGAUCAAAAGUCUCCGCCGAAUACACUUCUUUCCGCGCUGGCGGAAAAAAUGUUUCUUUCGGACAAAAAACCGCCCAAAUUCUUCUUUAUCCUGCAAAAAGAAUUUUUCGGAUAUCUUUAUUGAGCGCCAAGAAAUCGACAAAAACUUUCCGGCACAUUUCUCUGGACACCCUGUAGUUAGAGUUCCCGUAUUUUACAUCUAAAAAUAGGUAUCGUCACACUUAGAAAAUUGAUUUUUUGGUACAAAAAUUUGGGAUUUUUUUAAAUUCAAACCUCAAUAUUUCGGAUGUUUCUGCAUAGCGCGAUCUCAGAUUUUCAGAAAUGCCUUUGAAAUAACUUAUUUGGCACGUAAUUUUUUCCAAUUCGAACCGAAAUUUUUGUGGGUGUUUCUGCAUAACGCGAUUCGGAAAUUUCAGAAAUCCAUCAAAAAAAUCAAUUUCCCUUUUCACAAGAUUUUGCCGUGAUAAAAAAUUAAUUUCCACCACCAAAACUUCACUCAAAUUUCAGGUCUGUGGAAAUUGUUAUGGCGGCGAUCCCCUGAAAGCGUUGGCUUAUUGGGUUCUGGAGGGAAUUGUGACCGGCGCCAAGGACGGCUGUCGUCCCUACACUCAAAAUAAAGACUGUGGAACUCCCUGUUUGCCAGAUGAAUAUCCAGGAGGCGAGCAGAAACGACAAUGCCUCAGGCAAUGCCAGUCCACGUAUUACAAAAACAGUUACACAGAAGACAAAAAUUUCGGUGAGGAAUUGAAUUUUUGAGAUUUUUUGAAGUUAAAAUUUUGAUCUUUAAAAUUUAAAAUUUAAUUUUUCUGCCAAAACUUAUCAAAAAUCGUAUUUUAGGAUCCCUGGCCUACACUUUAUACCCCCGCAAAAUGACAGUGGAUCAGAGUGGGAAGGAGAAGGUGAUGAUGUCAUCGGUUAUUGGGCACUUCAACAAAACUGCGGAAAAACCGCUGAGUCCGGAUCAGGUAAGACUUUCACAUUAUCCUUGGAAUUUAAUUUUGACCAAAAUUCAAUUCUUAGAAAAUUAUUUAAAUUUCCAAAAAAUCCGUCAUCAUGAGUCAGUUCAGGAUUUUUAAAGUAUAUUUUAGCUUUAAAAGCUUUUGAUUGUAAAGACAACACGUAGCAAAUACCAUAUCAAAAACAAAAAUUUCGUUUUUACCAAAAUUAAAGAUGCCAUGAUAACGGAUUUUCUGGAAUUUCCUCAAUAUUCGUAAAUUUUUGAAAGUCACAUGUAUUUUCGAGAUUAUAAAAUUUUUCUACAAUAUUUUUACAACCUCUUUCCACUGCUCAUCACCAAUUUUCAGAUCCAUGACAUAAUAAAAAAGGAGCUUUACCUUUUCGGUCCCACGACGAUGGCAUUCCCCGUGACCGAAGAGUUCCUUCACUAUGAUUCCGGGAUUUUCCAUCCAAUUCCGGAAGAGAAGUUCGAAAAACGAAUCAUUUAUUGGCAUGUGGUUCGACUGAUCGGAUGGGGAAGGGACAAGGAUGACAAGUUGUAUUGGACUGCCAUCAAUAGUUUUGGCUCUCAGUGGGGAGAAAAUGGUAAGAUUACUGGUUAUUUUUCGUUGUUUGGGCUUUCUAAGGGCUCAGUCGUCCAUUAUCUAUCAAUCCGAGCAAAAAUUUCAUAAUUCAAGUUUUCGCGGCGGGACCCAGUUUUGUUUUUGAACGAGUUAAAGUAAGGAAAAAAUGUCUUUGGCAGGUAUUUCAGCAUGUCUAAAGAAUAUUUUUUAAUGAAUACUUACUAAGAAUGCCCGUAUUUUACCGUUAUGUAUUUCAAUAAACCAUCUCAUUUGAUGUCAAGCGUAAUAUAAUUACACUAAAUUUUAGGCCUGUUCCGAAUCGACACCUCAAUGUUGGAGAAGUUUGGGCUGGAAUACGAAACGGGAAUGCCUUUAUAA